GUACAUGCUUUCGCUUCUUAUUUUGAUGGAUUCGAAAUGGUUGUAUGCGAUCCUUACACUCUUCUUAGUAGAAGGGAUGUGCCAAGGGUGUUUGGAGCAAGAGAGAAUUGCUCUCCUGCAACUCAAGCAAUUCUUCAAUGAUCCUUGGGGGCUGAGAAAUUGGGGGAGAGGAAAGGAAAAUUCAGAUUGUUGUCAAUGGGAAAUGGUACGGUGCAACCCCUUCAGUGGACGAGUUAUUGAACUCCAUCUUGAUCACAUAACGAGGAGUGGAGCUUACAAUUAUCUGAAUGCCUCUUUGUUUCUUCCAUUUGAGGAAUUGAAGAAUCUUUAUUUGGGUGGAAAUGGAAUAGUUGGUUGCAUUGAAAAUGAAGAUUUCCAUAGGCUUUCAAAGUUGAGCAAUUUUGAAUUCCUUGACUUGAGUUGGAAUGACUUCAAUAGCAACAUGUUAUUAUCUUUGAGUGAGCUUUCAUCUCUUAAGUCUCUAAAUCUCGCAGGAAACUACCUUCAAGUGUCGAACCAUACUAAUGGUUUUGAGAGGCUUUCUAAGUUGAGGAGUUUGGAAAUCCUUGAUCUAAGUUACAAUUACUUGAAUAAUAGUAUCUUAAAAUCUUUGAAUGAUCUUUUAUCUCUCAAAUCUCUAUAUCUAGUCAACUGCAACUUAAUAAUGGCAUCAAAUCAUACCAAAGCAGCUGAUUUAGAAAACCUGUCAAGACUCAACCACUUGGAAUUUCUUGACUUAAGUUCUAAUAUGGAUUUAAACAACAUACUAUCAUAUCUAAGUAGUCUUUCAUCUUUGAAAACUCUUAUCCUGUGGAAUUGUGGACUAAAGGGGACUUUGAGUGCUAAAGGUUUCAUGAGGUUUUCUAAUUUGAGAAAUUUGAAAAUCCUUGAUCUAAGUGGCAAUGACCUGAAUAUUAAUAUCUUAACAUCUUUGAGUGAACUUCCAUCUCUCAAGUCUCUGAGACUAGCAUAUUGCAACUUAUUGAUAGCAUCAAACCAUAGAAACGGAGCUGAUUUUGAAAAGCUAUCAAGACUUCACCAUUUGGAAUUUCUCGACUUAAGUGAUAAUACGGACCUAAACAACAACAUUCUAUCAUAUUUAAGUAGUUUUUCAUCUCUAAAAACUCUAAUCCUGUCCAAUUGUAGACUAAAUGGGACUUUGAGUACAAAAGAAUUGGGCAAUCUAAGAAACUUAAAGGUGUUAGACAUAAGCUUUAAUAACAUUGAAAGCCUCAAAUCUUCCCAAGAUGAUCAAAAUUUGAGGUUUGUCCAUCUAGAGGUCCUUGAUAUGAGUAAUAAUUUCUUCAACAACAAUGUGUUAUCUUUCGUCAGUGAAUUUUCAAAUAUAAAAUCUUUGAAUAUAGAAGAAAACAAUCUAAAAGGAUUAGUAGAUGUCACAAAAUUUGAUGCUUUAAGAAGCUUAGAAAAGCUAUUCAUGAGCUACAACAAACUCGACCAAUUUGUUUCCACUAAUGCAAAUACAAGCUUCAGCAAGUUAAAAACUCUCUAUCUUAAUAAAAUAUUUCCUGAGGAAAGCAGUGUGCCAGCACAGUUAUCACUCAAGGCAUUCCCAUCACUUAAGAAACUCUACUUAAAAGAAAAUUAUCAUCUAAACCAAACCUUGGUUAUUCAAACUUCACAAGUUUUGAGCAAUCUAGAGGAACUUUUCUUGGAUCAGUCCCCUCUUAGCAUUAACUUUCUACAAAAUAUUGGGGCAUUAGCUUCUCUCAGGUCAAUAUCUCUAAAAAAUUGUGGGGUCAUAGGAACCUUACCAACUCAAGAUAGAAACAAUUUUGAAGGGGAGAUAUUGAAUGUCUACUUUUCUAGGUCUUCAUAUCUAAACAUAUUGGACAUUAGCAACAACAAUUUGUCAGGGGAGCUUCCAAGAUGGAUAAAGAAUCUCACUUAUUUGCAAGAAUUGGAUUUGUCUAGCAAUCACUUUGAGGGUUCCAUUCCAGAGGAAUUUUGCUAUAAUGCUGAGCUUGAGCUUCUGGACCUAUCUCACAAUAAUUUAUCCGGAUCUUGGAGAAAACAACCUUUCUGGAAGCAUUCCACAAUGGAUCAGCUCCCUUUCUGACUUGAAUAUCUUGUGUUUAAAAGUUGGUGUAGUCUUGUACAUAAAUCCAUAUUGGUAACAGGCAUGGUUUUAUUUGAUUGAGAGGUGUCACCAAUUGCUACUACUUAAUCUUGGAUAAUCUUCCAAGAUUGUAGUAUUGUAAUAAUGUAAUUAAUUUGUCUAUUAGGAUGUAUGAUGUAUCCUCAUCCAUGCCAAGUUUUUAUGAUGCAAUUCAAUUUUCAUGAAUUAGAACCACUUAAUUUGCUUUUCCUUGAUUAGUUAUGACUAAUUUAAAUGGAGACCAUUAUUCUAGACUAGUAAAAUUUAGUUGUUAAC